AUGGAAUUAGGGCCACCAGAUGUGAUGGAGCGCAAAGGAGCGCUGACCUUGCGCUCCAAUUCAGCAUAUUAUGGGAGACCCACUCUUGUGUCUGGCUGGUCCCAGAAUAGAGAGACUGAACCUAAGGAUUAUGAUAUACAUGACAUUCCUUUGGGUUCUAAAAACUUAUGUCAGUCUACUUACUGGAGAUUUGGAACCAUGGAUCAAAAAUGGAUAGCAACAUAUCAAGAUUAUCUGUCAUCUCCCUGUAGCAAAAAAGAAUAUAAAGAACUAGAGGUUUGGAAACCUUUGCUGGAUGAAGAUGGCUUUCACACAAUUGUUGUUGACAGGGACACAGGGCUACCUGAAACAGGUUUUGGUGCUGUAUUACCACGCCACCCACCAGAGAAGUUUAAAAUGUUUAUGGAUACAUCAUACCGAUCAGACUAUGUUCCACCAUAUGACUAUAUACCGUAUGUUACACCUGAUACGAGCGGGUACUCUGUAGUACAUAGAAAAUGUCAUUCCCAGUUUACUGACACAGCAGAUUACAGGAGACAUGGGAUCAACACAUGGCAAGAUGAAAGCGGAGUUUAUGCUAAUACAGACCUAAAGCAAAAAGUAUUUCCUGUAACUAAUCCUAUACCAACAUAUGUGGAAGAAGCUAAUUCUUAAGCAUUAGCAAUGAGGCUACAAAUUAAAGGAUAUUCAUAUGUAUUAAUGUUUGUCAGUAGAAUUAUUCUUUUCAAUAGCACUGCAGCUUAUAUAAUGUUUAGUUAAAAGACCAGGGGGAACUAAUUUGCACAAUGGAAUCUCAGACUGGAACUGUAUUAUAUUUGCCUGCAACUUCAUUUUAAAAAUACUGCAAAUAUCAACAACUUCACCCUUCUCUGUAACUGGUAUCAAGGACAAGUUAUGAGACUUUUCAGCAUAUGUCUCAGAGCAGUAAGUCUUUCCUAUGUUCUGUACAAGGAUAUAAACAGUUUUAUUUUUAGCAUAAGUAUUUGCCCAAAUUAUUUGCAAAAGAAAGCCUUGGAAUGCAGUGCCUAAAAGACCCUAAUUAUUAAUCAGCUGACUCGGGAUUAAAAGUUUAAGCAAAGACUCUCAAGUAAGUAUUGUAAUUCUUUUUUUAAAUUUCCUUUUGAUGUUGAUCCAAAAUCUAUUAAUGAAACAUUUAAUUGUU